AUGCGUCUGGCACCUCGGCUGGCUGCUGCGUUAGGCGCACUGCACGGUGCGCGCACCGGGACUGCAGGCCACCACCGCAGUGGCAUUCUAGGGUCCGCUUCGGCGCUUGGAGGCCUCAAAUGGAGCAGCCUGCACGGCAGCGACAGAGGUCAUAUUCCUAGAGCGGACGGGUUGCAUUCUCUCCUUUCUGUCCUCGUUCGCGGUUUUCGUGCUUUCCCGUGGGGAGCGAGCAGGUCCGCUGGCGCCAACCCCAUCGCUAUCACCCGAAUGCGGGGCUGUCAGGAAGCCUUCCGAAAGCAAAUUACGGUUGCUUGUGAACCGCGUCAGUUCUUGAAACGAGGUCUCGUCACGGAGACCUGGUCCUGCGUUGCCAAGUUGGAUACAGCCGGUUUACGUUCCGAGCAUGAGCAGGAGGUCCAACGUUUGAGCAUUUUUCUACAGGAAGUGAUGAGCGCCUACCCACAGGAGUCGAAGGCGCUCGUAGGUAUCAUGCGCGAACGAGUUUCCGCCACGCUCUACGAUGCCAAGAAGCUGGUCGAGACGCUGAAAGCGCAUCUGCAAACCUCUGGUGAUGCGUUACUCUCUUUCGAACAGCUCGCACAAGUGUAUCGCACCCGCGAGGCCCUUCUGGACUUGAGUUUUGGUCUGCGUGUUGCGGUGCCAAUCGAAGCUUACCCACCGGGAAUGGUGCCGCAGCCAGAACUCGAGGAGAAACGCCGCCUGACCAAGCGAGAUAAGAUCCUUGCGGAGCAGGAGGCGGAGUCCGCGCUCCAGGAACGCAGGUACCGCGAGCUCUACGGACCGGUGGCAGAUGCGCGUGAUAACGUCCAAUACGAGAACAGCGACGAGUGUCCCAGCGGUGGCUACGCCCAGUGGUACGAGGACUCGUCUGAUCCACGCACGCUGCUGCGGGGCUUUCAUACCGUGCUUUUGGAUAUGAAACGAGUCGCAAAGGUGACCGAAGGCUCCACCAGGCUCAGUUACCGAGCUGCAGUCUGUAUCGGAAACGGGAAAGGCGUUGGCGGCUACGGGGAUGGCAAGGCGCGUACGGUGCAGGGCGCUAUUAGGCGAGCAACUCGUGAGGCGCGGCGGAACCUCAUCUACGUGCCGCUCUAUGAACAACGAACGAUACCGCAUGAAUCAACUGCACGAUUUGGGCGAUGUCUCGUGUACUUGUGGCCGCUCAAGUCGAACACCGGGCUGCGCAUGAAUUACUUUUACCAGUGCGCAUUGGAUGUGAUCGGAGUGAAGGACGCAGGCGCCAAGCUGCAUGGAUCUCGCAACCGAAUCAAUGCCCUCAAGGCGCUUUUUGAGGCGCUCAAGCAGAUACAUGACCCCGUGGAUGUCGCAAAGUCUCGAGGCUAUCGCGUCGUGGACCUCAGCUCCUAUAUAGAGGGCAAGCUACAGACAGCGCUGCUGCGCCCUUGA